CGAUCUUGAAACGGCACCAGCAUGUACGCCCUUCUAGCGCUGGCCGCGCUCGUCCACGUCUGCGCGGGCGCGAUAACUGGCAUUAGCGUGGAUCUGCACAGCACCAGCGCCGGCACUGUCACACUGGCUGACGUGGCACUCACAACGUCAAUGGCGAUCCCGAUCGGCGGAAAGCUCCAAGUAGCAUUUCCAACCGGCUUUGUCCUUGCGCCGACCGCGCUCUCGGACGGCGUUGGCAUCGACGGUGCGAGCGCCGUCUCAAAAGCUGGCACGACGCUCAUCGUGACCGUCGCGACGUCGGUUGUUGCGGCUGGCGUCGUCACCUUUACCGUCGAUGGCAUCACCAACCCUGGUGCCUCGACGCUCGCCGCCUUUACGAUUACCAGCUUGAACGCAGUGUCGGUGGUGCUCGAGUCUGGCAGCGGCGGCGGUGGCGCCGUCAUAGCAGUCGGCGCCCCGCUCGUUGCCACGGUGACGCUGGCCAACACGACCGCGAGUGUCACAUCCCUUUGCACGCUUUCGAUCACAACGUUCCUGACGCUUCCGAUCGGCGCCAGCUUCCGCGUAGUGUUUCCGUCACGCUUUGCGGUCGCACCCACACAGCUGACGUUCCAGACAGGAUUUGCGGCCACGACAACCGCGCUCACUUCGACGUCGUCGUCGGCAACCGUCACGAUUGGCGCCUUUGCGUUGGCGCCAGGAACGUACGGCUUUACGCUUAAUGGCAUCACCAACCCGGGUUCGUCCUGCAACAUGUACUACAUGGAGGCUUGCUUGGUGACGUGGGAGCCGUACACGGUCUCGACACUCGAUGCGGCGCAGAACGUCUAUGAGACUGCGUCGGUGCCUGGUACAUCGAUCAUCAAGUCGCACUUGUAUUUUGGCCGCGUCCGGACGCUCGCAACGACGCCGUCGACGGCGACGUCGGCCACGAUUCUUUUCAAUACGCUGCUGCGGAUCCCAAGUGGUGGCAUGGUCCUCGUAACCUUUCCGGAUGGGUACGCGAUUCCGAAUCCUGGCUGGACGCUUUCGGGGUGGAUUGGCCUCAGCGCGGCGAGCGCGGCGUCCAUUACGGGCUUGACGCUGACGAUCACGAGUGCGACAACCAUCGCCCCGAUGCGCGGCAUCCAAUUUACGCUCUCGGGCGUCACGACGCCCCCGCUCAACACGGUGGGCACGUACCAAAUCGCGACCCAAGACAGCAAUGGCAACGUCAUUGAAGAUGCAGACAACAUCGGCGGUGUCGGCUGCUACUUCCUCAAGGAAUGUAGCGGACAUGGCGACUGCACGCUCAUGAGCUCCAAGUGCAUUUGCAACGCGGGGUGGGGGGCCCCGACAGAUAUCUCGAUCGGCGCGGCCCCCGACUGCUCGCGACGAACGUGUCCGUCGGGGCUCGCUUGGAACGACGUCCCGACGGCGCCAACCGUUGCUCACACAACGCUCGUCGAAUGCAGCAACCAAGGCGCGUGUAACCGCACCAGCGGCGCGUGCAACUGCUUUCCCGGCUACACGGGCAGCGCCUGCGACCGCAUGUCGUGUCCCAACGACUGCUCGGGGCAUGGCACCUGCUUGAGUUUGCAAGAAAUGGCGAUGCUGACGACAGCCGUGCCAGUCGCGAGUGCCACAACGUACUCGCUGUGGGAUGCGACGCGCAUCUACGGCUGCGUCUGCGACUCGUCGUGGCCCGUCGGGCUUGGCGCUGGUCAAACACGCGUGGCCGAGUGGUUUGGAGCCGACUGUUCGAUGCGUCACUGCCCGAGUGGCGAUGAUCCUAUGACGGCAGAGGACGAAACCAACUGCGGCGGUGUCGCGGCACCUGGAGGGGCGGUUGGGGCCGUGGGCAACCUCUGCUACAACGAGUGCUCGGGGCGAGGCGUGUGCUACUACCAAUCAGGCCAAUGUCGGUGCUUUGACGGCUUUGAAGGGCUUGCGUGCAACGCCCAAAAUGUCCUCGUCGACGAUAGCAACCGCAGCGAGCUUGCCAUCGCGCUCGCUGGCUACUGAUAAAUCUAUGAUAAUGUGUAUUCGAGAAGGUGCAGUGCA